AUGCGGCCGAAGAUCUUCUCCGAUGUCGACGUGACGAGGAUGCCGAGCAGCGACACGAUGAUCGAUGCCAUCGGCGCGGCUAUCAUCUGCGUGUACAGGGCGUCGUUUCUCUUGGCAGCGUUUCUGAAAAACCCACGCGUGGCUGUUUCCGGCGGCCACGUGAGUCUUCUUGGUCAUGAUGGAGCCCACGCCGUGCGCCUCGAGGAGACACCAGAUGAGGAAAAUGAGCAGCAACACCAGCAUCAGCGAGGUCUUCCAGACAACCACCUUGUUGUAGUUUUUGAUGGGGACAAACGCCAAAAGCAGGGUGACCACCCAGCCGAUCGCAAAGCCAACAAGCCGGCCGCCGGUGAUGGAGUAGUCGCUCGAGAACGAGUUGUGGAUCUGCGCCAUCUUGGGCGUGAGCGCAUACAGCAUCACGUAGAUGCAGUUGCCGGUGGUGAUUCCCUGGACACCGCACCAGAUGAUGGUCAUGGCGUUUCUGUUGAAGAACGGCCAGAACCCGCCAUAGACGCCGAACGACGAGCGAACAAUCACGGGAAACGGGAUCUUGUACACCAUGCCUGGUCUGCCAGACAUCACCAUGAAAAACGUGAUCACAAUUCUUCCCAGGAUAACACAGAGCCACGUCUCCCACCACGAGAGCCCGAGAGAGAUCCCCGUCAAGGCCACUGUCCACGACGUGACGGAGGCCUGUUCUGCAAACCAGAAUAG